AUGAGUAAUAGCGCCAUUUUGGCUUUGAGUCCCUUUCUCGACGAAAACGGAUUGUUGCGGGUAGGGGGAAGGCUAGAUAACGCAAAUUUAUCCUUUGAUGCCAAACAUCAAAUUAUAUUACCGAAGCAUCACUUAAUUAGCUCACUAAUUCGCGAAGAACAUAUACGCUUACUUCACGCAGGUCAAUUAACCACGUUACAUUCCCUUAGGCAAAAAUAUUGGCCAAUUUCAGGCAAAGACCAAGUUAAAAAAGUUUUAAAAGAGUGUGUAAGGUGUUACAAAGUAAAUCCCAUCGCUUCCACUCAAAUUAUGGGUAACCUUCCGCUUGAUCGCGUUACUAUGGCAAGACCGUUUAUCCAUUGCGGAGUAGAUUACGCGGGUCCUUUAUCGUUAAAGGAAGGCAGAGGUCGUGGAAAAAGAUUGGUUAAAGGGUACAUAUCAUUAUUCAUUUGUUUAGCGACCAAGGCGGUCCACCUAGAAUUAGUCGGAGACUUAACUACCGACUCAUUCUUAGGAUCAGUGAAGCGGUUUGUUGCUCGGAGAGGUCACGUAACCGACUUUUAUUCAGACAAUGGCACGAAUUUCGUUGGAGCGGAUCGUGAGUUCCAAAGAGUUCUCCACUCUCAGGCUUUAAAAAAUCAAUUAAAUACUGUUACACAUAACAUUAAAUGGCAUUUUAUACCCCCUAGAGCGCCUCAUCAAGGAGGUCUUUGGGAGGCAAGCAUAAAACUCGUAAAACAAAAUUUGAAAAAGGUUGUAGGAAGCGCCAACCUCACUUUUGAGGAGAUGUAUACGGUUCUGGCGGGAAUCGAAGCGUGUGUAAAUUCCCGUCCUAUAACUCCACUGAGUAACGAUCCCAACGACUUAAACGCCCUAUCCCCUAGCCAUUUCCUAAUUGGAGAUUUAUUAGUUGCCCCAAUCGAAGCAGAUGUCACGCAAUUAAGAAUGAACACACUCUCCAGAUGGCAACUAGUGGAUCAGAUUAGGCAGCAUUACUGGCGGCGGUGGCAGCGUGAAUACUUAAAUAACCUACAACAACGAACCAAGUGGAAAUCUCCCAAAAAGGAUCUCGUCGUCGGAGACAUGGUGUUGGUAAAAGAAGAGAACCUCCCACCUCUCCAAUGGUCGUAUGGACGCGUCGUAGAAGUUCACAGUGGCAAUGACAAAAAGGUGCGCGUAGUUUCAAUUAAAACAAAAGGUGGUGUGAUAAAACGGGCAAUCAACAAAGUGUGUGUUUUGCCUAUACAGCAAUCAGAGACUGUAACUACUGUUCCACCAAAUCAACGCACAAUGUAA